GUCCAUCGAAAAGUUGGGCGUGAGCUCGUAAGAGUUCAAAAGUCCGUGUUUACAUUCCGUGCUGAAAAAUGCCCCACCUUGUAGUUCAAAUCCGAACAAGUGACAAUGGCUCGCUUGUUUCACUGCCUUCUUCUUUUGUUAGUUUUACAAGCGAUCGGGACAUGCUCAGGUUGCGACGAAGCUCUGUAUGGGAAGCUAACCGCGUCUUCCGAAUUGUCUGCAGACAGGAGGGCAGACAAAGCCUACCUUGACAGUGGCUCUGCAUGGACAGCAAAGAACUCGGACUUUGAUCAGUACUUACUGAUCUCGCUCAAUUCCAAGAAGACCAUCACAUCCAUUGUCACUAUGGGAAAGCAGCAUAGUCCGGAGUUUGUUCAGGAGUUCAAGAUCUACUACGGCGACCACGGAGGGGACUUUACUGAGUACAAGGAUAGAGAGGGCAAUCCAAAGCUCUUUAGAGGAAACAGCGAUGGCAACACAGAGGUGCGCAACGUGUUCGAGUACCCGAUCAUUGCGCAAUACAUUCGCAUCAACCCAACCCGUUGGAGAGACCGCAUUUCACUCAGAGCACAGCUGUAUGGUUGUGAAUAUGAGGCAGAGGCCCUGCAGCUGGACGGCAAGAGUUAUGUGGUCAUGGACCUGAACCGCCGGCCAGUAACUUCUACGGAAGACACCCUGCGAUUGCGGUUCAGGACUAACCAUGCGGAUGGCCUUCUUCUCUACAGUUACGGCUCGCAGCGCGACCUCUUCACACUUCAACUGGUGCACAACAAGCUGCUCUUCUCGGUCGACCUUGGAGGCGAAGGUGUGGUGACCGAGGUGUGGUGCGGAAGCCUGCUGGACGAUAACAUCUGGCACGACGUACAGAUCUCCCGUUUUCGACGAGAGCUGGUUUUCACUGUCGACCGCGUAGUGGUCCGUCAGAGACUGAAAGGAGAUUCCUUCCAACUGGAUUUGAACAGAGAGCUUUACAUUGGUGGUAUGCCAAACUUCAACCAAGAAGGAAUCAAAGUGGCAGCAAAUUUCACCGGUUGUGUGGAAAACUUGAUGAUAAACAACACCAAUGUUGCAUACGAACUGAAGCGAGAUACGGAGGGCUACACAUACAGCAAGGUCGGUCAAGUGCUCUUCAACUGCAGGUACGAACAAGUUGUCUCGAUCACAUUCGUCAGCUUGGACUCGAUGCUCCGUGUGCAUGGCUACAUGCAGCCAAGCAUGAACUGCAGCUUUGAUUUUCGAACCUUCAACGAGCGAGGGCUGUUGCUGUACAAUAAGUUCUCCAUCGAAGGCUACGUCAAGAUGUACUUGGAUAUGGGACGCAUUCGAGUCGAGCUUCAGGGCAAGAAAACUCCAGUGGUUCUCCUCAAGCCAUUUGAUCAUGUCCUCAACGACGGCCAAUGGCACAGUCUGACACUGGCCCUGCAAACCAACCGUAUCGAGGUGCGCUUGGACGGUGUGCCCAGCAUAACCACGCGUCUCUUCUCCAUGGAGACUGGCAGCGAGUACUUAGUCGGAGGUGGUGUGUAUGGCAUGCAAGGCUUCAUUGGUUGUAUGCGCUACCUGUACAUCGAGGGUCGUUACAUCAACGUGCUCACCCUUCCACCCAACCAAGUGCAAGGGCAACUUCUCCGCGACGCCUGCCAAAUGGUGGACCGCUGCCAUCCGAACCCAUGUGAGCACGGCGGUUGCAAGCAGGACUAUAUCGAGUUUGUGUGCAAUUGCACGGACACCGGUUAUGCUGGAGCAGUAUGCCAUGUCUCACUGCACCCGCUCUCAUGCGAGGCCUAUCACAUGAAGAAGAAGCCUGACGAAACAAUGGCUAACAUUCUCAUUGAUGUGGAUGGCAGUGGGCCGCUCACACCGUUUCCUGUUGAAUGUAUCUUCCAUCCGGACAACCGCAGUGACACACUGGUGCACCACAAGAACGAGAUGACCACCGAUGUCAAGGGUUACCGGGAACCGGGCAGCUUCAUCCAGGACAUCGUGUAUGAUGCCCCCAUGGAGCAGAUGGUCCAUCUCGUGAACCGGUCGACGGUUUGCCGGCAACGGCUCACCUACGAGUGCUUCAAUGCACGUCUGUUUGACACAAGUGUGCAAGACACGACACCGGACACAUUUUCACCUUAUGGCUGGUGGGUGAGCCGGAGCAACCAGCGCAUGGACUAUUGGGGAGGCUCCAUCCCCGGCUCGCGCAAGUGUCGUUGUGGCCUGUACGGGUCCUGCCGUGACCCCCAGCGCUGGUGCAACUGCGAUUCGGGCUUGGAGGAGUGGCUCUCGGAUGGCGGCGAGCUCACUGACCGAGAUUACCUUCCUGUGCGGCAGCUACGUUUUGGCGACACUGGUUCUGCCUCCAUGCAGGAGGACAGAAAGCGUGGCCGUUACACACUGGGACCGCUGGAGUGCCAAGGAGACGCCCUUUUCGAUGAUGUGGUGACAUUCCGUUUCACGGACGCAACCAUUGAGGUGCCCCAUCUGAACCUGCGUCACUCCUGGGAUGUGUACUUCCACUUCAAGACGACUGCAGAGAACGGGGUCAUAAUGCACAGCAAGGGACCGACCGACUACGUCAAGCUUGUACUCAUUGGAGGUGAUCAAAUUCAGCUGCUGUACGAGACUGCCGGGGGUGGUCCGCAGGGAGUGAGUGUGGAGACGUCCUACAAGCUCAGCAACAAUGAAUGGCAUUCGGUGCACGUUGAGCGCAAUCGCAAAGAGGCACGCAUCGUUGUCGACGGCAGCCAGAGCGGCGAGGUUCGUGAGAAACCCGAUCGGUCGCACGCCCUUCACUUGCCAGGCAACCUUGUAAUCGGUGCAAGUGUGGACUACAAGGAAGGAUAUGUGGGCUGCCUGCGUGGCUUCAUGGUCAACGGGGAGCCCCUGAACCUGAGGUUGCGGGCUCCUGCGGGUCUUUACGGAGUGUCUUUGGGCUGUGUGGGCAAGUGUGCCUCCAACCCGUGUCUCAACGGUGGAACCUGUCUCGAGGGAUACUCGGGCUACACCUGUGAUUGCCAGUGGACGCCUUUCAAGGGACCCAUCUGUGCUGACGAAAUUGGCGUCAACCUGCGAUCUGACAACUACGUGCGCUACGACUUUGAGACGACGCUGUCCACCUUGGAGGAGUACAUUCGUGUGGGCUUCACCACUACGGAGCACCACGGCAUGAUCUUCGGAAUGUCAUCGCGCACCGGAGAGUACCUGAAUCUUAUGAUGUCAACUAGUGGUCACUUAAGACUGGUCUUUGACUUUGGCUUUGAACGGCAAGAGCUCAUUAUCAAGAAUGAAAACUUUGCCUUGGGUCAAAUUCACGAUGUCCAGAUCAAGCGUACCCACAACGGAGAGAGGCUGACAAUAUUUGUGGACAAUUACGAACCUCAGGUUCACACGUUCAACAUUCGAGGCAAGGCUGAUGCACAGUUCAACGACCUGCUUAGCAUUUAUGUGGGACGAAAUGAGUCAAUGGGCACCGGUGAAGGCUUUGUAGGCUGCAUUUCACGUGUACAGUUUGACGACCACAUGCCACUGAGACGCUACUUUCAAGAAAGCAGGCGGAGCAACGUGCACGCCUAUCCUGAAGGGGCCGUGCGAGAAGACACUUGUGGUAUUGAGCCAGUCACGUAUGCACCUCCCGAAGACGAGACACGGCCGCCACCUACACUGCCACCGGGGGUCUAUCGAGAGCCCUGGGCUGUGUCCAGCUAUGCUGACUCCGCAAUACUGGGUGGCGUGCUGGCUGUAAUUCUAGCAGCAAUCGUGAUCAUGGCUAUCAUCUUGGGCCGCUACGUGUCUCGCCACAAAGGAGAGUACCUCACUUAUGAAGACUCUGGUGCCAAGGAUGCGCCCGAUGCAGACACUGCUGUGGUGCACGGGGUCAGGGGUCACGACGUCACCAAGAAACGAGAGUGGUUUAUAUGAUGGGUCGUCAAGUCGGCUUGCCUCAUUACCUCCUCUGCCAAGAAACAGCUCCCUCGGGUGUAGAGACCAAUUGUGGAGCGGGGCAGCCCUACAUCGUGUGUUUCCAGAAAUCUGUCUUGGGAUCUGUCUCUCAUAAGAACAAGACACUGCUGCCUAUGAGACCACGAGUUCAGCUCCUGGCCGUUGCAGCUACAUUUCGGCGGAGGUGACACACUUGAACACGUGUGCGUAUUGGUGCAGUAAUUGUAUGUGUGCAACGCGUCACCAUUGUUGAUCUGCUUCAACCUGUAGCCAGUCACUGCAUUGUUGCACGAACGUUGUUAUUGGCACUUUUUAUCAGGAACUUCUGGGCACUUUUCUUGGUGUUACUGUCAUGGUAAAGCGUGACUAUGGCAGCAGGAAAGGUAAGUGAAUGAUCAUCAAAAAGAAAAAAAACUUCGUACACUGCAAUUUGUGCAUAAGAGUGCUUUACCGGUGUGCCUGAUGAGAGGUGCCAUGUUUUCUUGUUGAAUGCAUUUAGAGACCUCCAGGCUGUGUAGAAGUUAGUAGCCACUUUGGUGGUUAUUUUGGCCAUGGUUUUUCAAAAAUUUAAUUUUGAAAGGUUGUUGGCAGGUUCUUUAUGAACUACUUUUUGGUUGAAAGCCUUAUUAAGAGGAACAAAAGUUCUCAACAGUCUAUGCAAAUGUUAUCUUAUGAAUAUCCUUUCAUUCACGUAGACGAUGUGCGACGGGCCCCAUGACAAAGACGAAUUACCUCGUUAUGUUUUCGAGCUGGCCAAAUCAAUGUGCUUGCACAGACUUGCAGUGAAUCUGCUAGCCACAUUAAAAAAAAGAGAAAAAAGUGUUGGUUGCAUGUCGAGCUGUUUAACAUAUGAUCCGAUAUGUCAUGGCUGCUCUUUAUCAAACGCAUUCCUCAGGGGAAUUAAUUUCUCCCCUCUGCUUAUUGCAAGGGAAAGUUUUGUUGACAAGUGUAUUUUUGUCAUGAGCUUCAAGAGAAUUGAUUAUCACAUUAUUUAUGGCCAUUGGUCUGAUAGCCUGGUCCCUUUAUAACUGCGAAAUCAAAUGAAGGUUAGUGACAGAUAAAACAUUCCACUUUUUUAAUGCACGCUUUGGUUCUACUAAACGUGUCCAUUUGCACCUAAUGUGAUUUUUCUGUUUGUGGCAGCACUUAUAUUCUGUAUAGUAUUAACUUAUUGUUGGCCAGCUCACUAUAAUCGGUUACAACCUAAGAAUAGUAACUAUCCGCUCCGCCCCCACUACUGCAGUGCACCUGUUAUUCACCUGUGCUACAAAGCAAUGAUUGGUGAUUUCCAUUCAAAUCAUAGGCACUUUUUGCUGAUAAUGCAAAUACUGUGCAUAGAAUGAUUGAAAAGUUUAUUGUUCCGUAUUAAAAUGUUACAUUUGGCUGAGCAGUGAAGUUGGAAUAUUUGAUGAAAUAUGCCAAUAAGUAAAUGUUUUUUUACCGAAAACUAUCGAAAUGAACACGUGCCUGUAUGGCUAAGUUGUAUGCCUAAAAUAUGUGAAAGGUUUUUACAUCACAUAAUUAAGCUAUUACAAUUAAUUACAAUAUUUAUGAAAAUUUGCUUGGAUGGGCGUCACCACUGUGGGUGGAGCUUACAUUUAUUCUUAGGCUGUAACCGACUAUAGAGCUUGCUAUUUGAAAGCAAAUCACACUUUUUUUUUUUUACUGUGGUGGUAUACUGAUAAGCAGACUGCCCGGGAGUUUAAUGCCAUUUCUCAUUGUGAAUUCACAACUAGAUGGUGGAAGUUUUAGUUUCCUCCUCUGAAACAGUAUCUCUGUGAAUCUCACGGAUAUGUGAUAUUGCAUCGUGCUAAGAUGGCACUGAGUGAUGCCUGCAACUUGUUGGGGACUCGAGAGAAGACCAGUCGUCGAGUGGUUUUGACUAACAGUGCUGUGACCAUCUCUAGCUAGACUCUUUUUGUCCUAUCUUUGGCACUUAUUUGUCUAGAGUAAGAACACUGUUUUUGUUUUAACUCUCGAAACAUAUCAGACGGAAAUUUCUAGGACAGGAAGCUAACGAAAAAACAUUGUUGCACAGUUUGGUUGCUUCAGUGUUUUUGUACCAACGGCACUCCAACAGCUGUGCGUUUGUUCAUAUCAGAGCCAGGGACUGUAAUGAGCAAAUUAUUCAUGUUUACUAUUACUGUAACAGUCUUUUCGUACUUAUCAGGAAAUUGAUUCCCUGCUGAUGUCACAUUUUUAUUCCCCUUGCAUAUUAGUUUCGACCUUCCAGGUAUUUUUCACAAAAAAAUUCAACCACACGAAUGUUACUCUUUCAUUUUACUCUUGUAGUGACCUGAAUCUCUGACGACUAGGUAACUCCACGUAUUGAUUACCACAGUUAUACUACUCUCUGUCCCCUCUCGCCCUUCAUUAUUUUUUUGUUUAAAGCAUAGCUUAAUGUGUUCAGAGGGCCACUGUUUCUUGUUUACUGCUUUCUUGUUUCUUGUGUGUGUUUGCAAAGGCUUGCCUACUAGCCAAGCUAGUUGAAGGCAGUUGUUUCUCUUUAACCAUCGUUUCACUAUCACUGCCAGAGAAAGGAGACCCUGUAGCCGGGAGGGGUCUGCCUGUGUUGAAGGCGGCACCGUUUGCUCAAGCUGGCUGACUCUUUAGCUGCACUGUUGCCCAUCUGGUUCGAAUGGCCAGAGCUGCAUCUCACUUGUACAUAACGCACAUCUCGCCGUUGUUCUCUCGUAACAAGAUCUGGGAAAUUGGUAUCAAGGUGCUGGUGUGGAUUGAAUAAAUGCGAGCAGGUUAGAAGCAGGUAGAAUUCCACUUGAGUUACCCGUGCGGCGGCAGAGGGACUUGGCCUCUCUGUCUCGAUGUGGGAGCAGCCAGCAUCAGUCCUGGGCUGAUCUUCAGGACUUUGAUAAAGUUCUUUAUACCAUGCCAUACCAUACUGGUUUUAUCAUUUGUGGUGGCAGCGAGAUUUUAGCCAUAGAACUUUCAGUAUCCGGUUGGUGAUUAGAUGAGUACCAAUGAAAACUGGCAGUCUUAAGUUGCUUAAAAUCGGCGAAAGUUAGGCAAGCUAGUAGGUUUCGUGGUACUACAUUCACUGAAAAGAAUGCAUGCCAAUACAGACUUAAUACGAAUAAAAAGGAAUGGUGUCGUGCUGUCCCUUUGUUCCUAUGCAUUUCCAUGUUUGCGUGCUUGCCUGUUAAAGUCAUACUUUCACUAACAGGAUAUAUUCUACUGAGUGCUUUCUUGCUCGCAUUUAAUGUAUCCAUAAUAGCUGUUUAAAGCUAGCAUUCAGCAGUGUGUGUAACGUGCGUUGAGUGCUUGUUACUGCCAGCAUCUUGCCUUUUGAUAGCAUUGGACCAACGUUUCCAGCUAGGCACCUUGCAGAGCAAAGGGCUGAUAACUCAAAUGAUGUGUGCAGUUAACUAAUGUUAUAUAUAAAUUUUCAUUUAAUUUGAGGAUGGCACAGUAAGGCCACUCUGAAUGUCCACUGUUUUUUUUUUUUGCUUUAGUUAUCAAUGCCUCUUUAAUGCUAAUGUGCAAAGACAAACUCAUUGGCUCAAAAGCUAUUUUCUAGCUUGUUACAGUUUCAACAAUCGAGACAGGUGCACUGGCAAAGUAAUCCAGACGUUGUUUCAUUAUGCUUGUUGUUGUAAACCUGCUUGCCCAGGGCUUUAAUUAACUGGGCUGGUAUUUUAUAGCAGUGCAUUGUGUUCGAUUCUGCACUAGUGUUGUAAACCACAGCUCGGGGCUAUCUGGUCCCAUUGAGGAUGUGCGUGGAUAGCAGCUGUGACCUUUGGCCAUGCAUGAAAAGGUAUUAGCAUCAGGAAAGCUAUUGCUGCAAAAUACCGAUCAGAGGUGUGUGCAUUGUUUGAUUGCCGUCAGCCCACCGAUGAUGAACUUUGAUCACUUUUUUUUUGCUCCGGUGAAACAGCAAGUUGCAACAAAAUGAAAUGCUGCAUUUGUUAAACAGUCUUGGUCACAUUCAGUAGGUACCAGUUGUGAAAGGCAACACUUAUUUGAUAGGCCUACAGUGAUUAGCACAUGCCCAGCAGCAGUGGUCUAGUGGCUAAGGUACUCGGCUGCUGACCCGCAAGUUGCGGGAUCGUAUCCUGGCUGCGGUGGCUGCAUUUCCGAUGGAGGCGGAAAUGUUGUAAGCCCGUGUGCUCAGAUUUAAGUGUACGUAAAGAACCCCAGGUGGUCAAAAUUUCUGGAGCCCUCUACUACGGCGUCUCUCAUAAUCAUAUGGUAGUUUUAGGACGUUAAACCCCACAUAAACAAAAAAAAAAAAAAAAAAUGGAUUAGCACAGAAGCAUAAGCUGCAACAUUUCCUGCUGUGUUUUAAGAAACUUGAGUGUGUGAUGGUGUUCGAAUUAUCUUUCAUUGUUAAUGUGGAGUAAUGACUCUAAAAUGAUUUGAAACACAGAUUGGGCAUUUUAAUUUAUGUUGGUGUACUCAAAUGUACAACUUCAGCCUUGUCUGCUAUGCUUUAUUAUACAGUUGUCGAGUUCAUUUGCUUGGACAAAUCGCUGUUUCUUGGGGCACUCGUUCAAACCUGGCAUUUCUGAUGUCGUUCCGCUGGUAAAGGAAAUGGCAUUGACAGCCUCAAACUUUCUAACAGUAGUGUGAAAUCUUCCCUGAACUUACAUCUAUAUGUUUGUGUUGCUUGGUUUUCUUGGAAUACUUUUUGUUUAGUCGAAUUCAUUAGCGCUGACCAUUACUUUUUUUUUUUUCAUUUUGUCAAACAAUCUCUUUUAAUGUGAAUACCAACAAAUCACUGUGGCAGCUGCAUAAUUAUUUUCGGUAGAGCAGACAGAAAAGUCUCUCGAUUCGGAUGGCAAGAGUGAUAGAGGUGCAGCCUUUGCACAGAGAGUGAGCAGUUUUAGCUGUAAAAUGUCUUGACAUAUUUGUGUAGUUGACAAAAAAAAAAAAAAGAAUAACCAGUAUUCAAAUCCGUCCAGGCCAGACACAACCUUAGGAAGUGUCUGUGUGUGUAUAUAUGUUUGUGUGCAUGUAGAUUUUUUAUACACAAGCAGGCCCGGUGAUCAAAUAAUGUCACUGGAUCUGAAAAUAAAAGAAAUCUCCCCUGAAA